AGUCACGUUUGGAACGUCGCGCGGGCCGCCAGUCGCCGUCGGAACACCGAGCUGUGCGCUACAUAUAGUACAAAAUUAACGUACAAAUUUUUUCUUCUACACUAGUGAGGUGAACGUAUAUUUUUACAAAGUGACAGUGAAGUGACCAAACUGGAUUUACAAAAAUUCAGUAUUUUUAAGGAUUAAACAUAGUAUACGGGAACAAGUGUGAACAAUAAGAAACAGUGCCUUAUGUUUUGAAGGGAAAGUGAUUUUUAAAACUUCACCACGGAGACAAAAUGCCAAAAAACUUGUUGCUAUUCAAGAAGUUAAUACCUGAGAUAAACUUUGCGAAACGGAACUUGACCAUUUUUAGCCGGAACAUUAUAUAUAUCAGUUAAUUGGUGCUUAUAAUAAAAAACAACUUAGUUGAACAAUCGUGCCAUAAUCAUAUGGUAUAAUUAAAAAAAAAAAGUUGCCUUAACGACAAAGUCAAAAAGAGAAACACCAAACACAGUGAUAGUAGAAUAAUGCGAAUGCGAUUCGCACAGUGGUGGUUAUCUACCUAAACCCUAGACAAAAACCCUUCUUUUUUUAAACUGUCGAAAAUGAAUAACAACCAAUUCCACGAGUUGUUUGGGUCGCAAUGGCCGCCGGAUCAACAUGGCGGGCACUCGUCGGCGACAACGAUGCUGCACGCGACAUCGCUGCCACAGGGGAUGCAGCUGAAACGGGAGCCGCAUACUGACAUGCAUACCCAGAUGGGAAUGGGUAUGCAGGACAUUGGGUCUGUGGCUGACAGCACCUCCCCCCCGCCGGGGGGGAGCGAUGGGAUGUUCGGGUCAUCUAUGAACACCAUGUUUAUGGACAAGAAAGCUGCCAAUUCUAUACGAGCCCAAAUCGAGAUAAUACCGUGCAAGGUGUGCGGGGAUAAGUCCUCCGGCGUACACUACGGCGUCAUCACCUGCGAGGGCUGUAAGGGGUUCUUCAGACGGUCGCAGAGCACAGUCGUGAACUACCAAUGCCCGCGCAACAAGGCCUGCGUGGUGGAUCGCGUCAACCGCAACAGAUGCCAGUACUGCCGGCUGCAGAAGUGCCUCAAACUCGGCAUGAGUCGUGAUGCUGUCAAAUUCGGUCGUAUGUCAAAGAAACAGCGUGAGAAAGUGGAAGAUGAGGUCAGAUACCAUCGAGCCCAGAUGAGGGCCCAGACAGACGCGGCGCCCGACUCUGUGUACGACGCACAGCAACAGACUCCCAGCUCCAGCGAUCAGUUCCAUGGACAUUACAAUGGUUACACCGGCUACCCCUCUCCAAUCUCCUCCUACGGUUACAACAGCACCCCGCAAUCUCUCACAUCGGGCAUGAUACAGCAGCCUGCGCAAGCGCAGACCUACGACGGCGUCCCGGCGGACACUUAUGUGGACAGCACAACGUAUGAACCGAAACAGGGAGGAUUCCUGGACACAGACUUCAUUGGGCACGACGAAAAAGGAACCACGGUCGUCCGGCCAUCCGGAUCCACAUCUACAUCGACGGCUACCACAUCCACGACAUCCAUGCGACAGACGACAGUCAAUGAGAUCCCGCGGAGACUGCAAGACUUCGACAGAUACGAGCCAGACCGGAUCCAAUCCCCCGCCUCUAUAUCAAGUGGGGUUAUUAAUAUAAAACAGGAGAUAAAACCGGAAACUUCGCUAGGAGUGGAUAAUCUGGUUGCCAGCUACGUUGAUUCAACGACAUUCCUGCACAGUCCUUCGAAUUUACAACACAGUCCUAUGGAUAUACAGAAUUCUGUGCUUGUGAGCGGACAAAGCUCCGUCUCGCUGACUAGUGAGGAGCUGAGUCCGGAUGAUCUGACAUCCAGCAGCGGACACGGGCGGUUGAUGGAUCCCUUGAACUUGAACAUGAGCGGGAUGGGGAUGGUGAAUCCGAACGCGGUGACGAACAGACGACACCAGGGGUCGAGCCAUUCGAGCGACGAUCUUCCUUCGGAAGGCGACAUCAGCAAAGUCCUAGUGAAGAGUCUGGCAGAGGCCCACGCAAACACGAACCCGAAGCUGGAGUUUAUCCACGAGAUGUUCCGGAAACCUAUCGACAUGUCCAAGCAAUUAUGCUACAGCUCAAUGACAUACGAAGAGAUGUGGCUAGAUUGCGCAGACAAGCUGACGGGGAUGAUUCAGAAUAUCAUUGAGUUUGCGAAACUCAUUCCUGGCUUCAUGAAGCUGACGCAGGACGAUCAGAUCCUGCUGCUCAAGUCUGGCUCGUUCGAACUGGCGAUCGUCCGUCUCUCUCGACUGAUCGACGUGAACAGAGACAACGUGUUGUAUGGCGACGUCGUGUUGCCCAUUAGAGACUGUGUUCACGCGCGCGAUCCCCGCGACAUGGCGCUGGUUGUGGGCAUCUUCGACGCCGCUAAAACCAUCGCCCGCCUGAAGCUUACUGAGACUGAACUAGCGCUCUACCAGAGCCUUGUGCUACUGUGGCCAGAACGCCACGGCGUCCGCGGCAACCCGGAGAUCCAGUGCCUAUUCAACAUGUCAAUGGCGGCCAUGCGGCACGAGAUCGAAACCAACCACGCGCCACUCAAGGGCGACGUCACAGUACUCGACACGCUGCUGGCCAAGAUACCCACUUUCAGAGAAUUGUCCUUGAUGCACCUGGAGGCGCUGUGCCGCUUCAAGGCCGCCCACCCCCACCACGUGUUCCCCGCGCUGUACAAGGAGCUCUUCUCUCUAGACAGCGUCCUCGACUACCACAUCUAAACGGGUACAUGCCGUAUGACCGUGUACCUCUUCGUGAAAUCGUCUAAACGGGUACGCACUGUAUAAUUGUGUACCUCUUCGUGUAAUCGCGUGCACACCCUACAAACAGCAACGGGUACGCAUUGUAUAAUAGGUACAUGAUGCAUAAUCGUGUACCCCUUCGUGUAACCCUGCACACCCUACAAAUAGCAACGGGUACGCGUUGUAUAAUGAUGCAAAAUCGUGUAAUGCGUCGUGUGCAUGUAGAAAUAGCAACGGGUACGCAUUGUAUAACAGGUGCAUGAUGCAAAAUCGUGUACCGCGUCGGUACGCGUCGUGUACAUGUAAAAAUAGUAACGGGUACACAUUAAAAAACAUACGUGUAAUUACGUGUAUGCCUUGGUGAAGUAUGGGGUACAAAACGGGUACGUUUCGUAUAAUUGUGUACAUGUACUGUGUACUGUGGAUCUCUGCCCAUUGCCCCUGCGACGAUGUGUAUCCUGUCAAAUGACAGCUAUAGACUCCGCUUGACUAAAGAUACCUAAGCGUUAUUUGUUAACCUAUUUAUAAUUGUAUGUAUGUACUUUGAGACUGUUAUAAUGAUAUUUACGUAUAGGUACGUACGUACAAUAUUAAUAUUUAAAUGUUUAUUUAAUUCUCAAAUUUAAUGUAGGGACAUGUAGGUAUCUUUAGUUUCGCCUUAAACCGGAACUUGUAUUUUUUAUUUGUUAUGUUUAUGUUAUACAUAGCAGAAUAUAAUGUAGAUACGAACACUGGUUUCGUUGCCUGUAUAAAAGUACAUAAUAAUACAUUCCAUUAUAUGUUUUAUUGUGUAUUUUGUAUUAUGGCGUGUCGUAAUAUAAUUAUCAUAAAGUGUAUCUAACUUGGAUGAAGAAAUAAUAAUUAUUAUUAUAAAAUUAUAAUAAUAGUAAUAGAGUUUUUAUUAAGAAAUAAAUAAAAAAGUUAUAACGGUGUAGCGAGAUGUAGAUCACACAACAGUUUUUUUUAAAGAAACCCUUAUAAGUAGGUCUUUUAUAUUAAUUUUAACAGUUUUUUUUUUAAAGAGAAUUGUAACUUGUUAUUUAUUUCAAAUGAUUAUUAUUAUUGAUGUUUUGUCUUCGAUGUAGAUUGUCGGUUAUUUUGUAAAAUAGGAAUACACGAUACUGCCCCUUUUUAUAAGUUUACGUUCGCUUAUUGAGACUUUAUUGUACCUAAUGUACCUUUUAGAAGACAUGGACAAAAAUGUAAAUAAAAAAAAUAAAAAAUAGACUGAAACGUGAAAAAAUACAUUUGUCGAAAUGCAUACGUCUAUCGAAAAUGGAAAUAGAAUCACACUUUGACUUUUAUUGAAGAUAAUUAUUAAUAUUUUUGGCCAUGUCUAUAAACACGAGGUAUUGAUAAGGCGUUGUAAUAAUUCAAGAAUAAUAAUGUAAUUUAAAAUAAUAAUAAGUUUGGAUUGUAACGUAUUAUUACGCGGUGCAUUGAACAAAAUUACAGUCGAACAUUUUUUUAAUAAUAAAACAAAAUUUGUACGGACAAAAUUAAUUUUCGUAUAUUAGCAGGCAAUUUUCGUAGAUUGAAUUUGAUCUCAUUUUUUUGCACUUUUCUUCGCCUUGGUGCCAUGUCUGAUUUUUAUUGACUGCAUAAUAAUUAAAUAUAAUAGUUGCAUAAAAGAUUAGUACAAUCGCAUGUCAAAAGUACAUUUUUAAUACGUAAUUUUUUAUAUUAUUUUCGACUUUUUUUUGACCGGUGUACGUAUUUUUUACGAUUGCCUGCUAAAUCAAUUAGAUGUACUUUUAAUCAUCAAUUUUCUAAUACUUACGCUAAGUUUUGUCGAAUAGCCUUUACUAUAGACUGGUUUAUAUUAAUGUUAAAAAAGUAUAAAUCUUAACUCGUAUUUUGUAAAUAGCUAUUAAUCGUAUAUUAUGUAUUUUAUAUUCAAUAUUAUAAGGUUCGAUGGGUUAUUUUUAAUUUUACAUUCUAUUAAAAAAACAAUUGUACCACAAAGACGAGAGUCUACAAGAUCACGUGAACAUUGUUUUUCCUUUCUAUAUAUUAUAUAUUUUUUGUUAAAUAAAGCAAUCUGUUAUUGUCUAUAA